UGCAUUUGGCAGUCAGCUACCACUGAAGCCCAAUUAACUUCGAGUCCAUGUGAUUGUAAAGUCGAUAUUUGUCUUUGGCCGGAAGAAACGUUUUUACAACAAGACAACUAAUUGCCAGUCAAACCGUUUUUCUAAAUCCGCUGACUGAGAGGGAAUGGAACAAGCUAAACAAGAUGCAUUUGAUAAUGCCAGACUUCAAGUGAUCAAAGAUGGCUAUGAGAGGGCUUUUGAGUGCAUCACCAAAGGACUCUCGGUAGAUGAAGCUGGAGACAAGAAACAGGCCCUGGAGCUGUACAAGCGGGGCCGGCAGCAUCUCCUCAGGGCCAUCAGCGUGCCUUCACAUGGGGACGAGUGUACCGGCAACUCCUGGGAAUCAGCCAGACAGAUGCAGCAGAAGAUGCAGGAGACCCUUAACAACAUCACCACUCGCCUGGCCAUACUAGAGACCAGCCCUGACCUUGGAUCUGCACCCACGCAGAGUUCGGGCAGCCCCGGUGCUGUACGCAUGUCUGCAGAAGCUCUCUACCCAAAGCUCCCUACCAAAGAGAAGCCAGAGAGGCCACCUCAACCAAACCUGCGUACUACUGCUCACGGCCAGCCGGCUGGAGCUGUUGGAGGCAUGGCCGCAACGCGACAACCUGCGUUUCCAGCCGAACAACCUCCAGUUUACUCUCCUCAGGCGGCCGAUGGCCACUUGUCGAUUUCUUAUGGAACAGAUUCAGGGGAGAUGUCAUUGGUUGGGGAUGAAUUCUACAGUCGUACAUCUACCGGUAACUCCACGCCAUCCUCCCAGAGUGUGGAUGAAGAGGCAGAGGAGCUGGUGUAUAUUCCUCGUGGGGUUCAGAUAUUCUUUGUUACACCAGAGGGGCAAGUGAGUGCCCCAUCAUACCCAGGCUAUCUGCGCCUAGUGAAGUUUACCAGUGAUCAGUCUGAAAGGAUGCCCAGUCGACCACCAGCAUUUCUGCAGGUGUGUGACUGGAUCUACCCCCUCAUGGCUACAGACUCUCCAGUGUUGCUGUGUAACACAGGGGUUUAUAUGUUUCCGGACAUGAUGGCACCAGCUGCAGGAUAUUAUGUGGGGGUAGUGUUGUCCGCCGAGCUUUCUCCUGCAGACAGACAGCUUUUUCAGGACCUGUUGUCCCAGAUGACCGACCUCCGGGUCCAGGCUCCAAAUGAAGAGGCAGACAACAUUAAUCUCAGUCAGAAGGUGUCUAUUGUUUCACCUGAGGCGACGGCACUAGCAGCGAAGGAGGAGGAGGACGAGGAUGAGGAGAAGACUCUGCCUGAAUGGAGUGAAAAGGUUGCAAGUGGGAUAUUGACGGGUGCGUCCUGGUUAAGCUGGGGUCUGGUGAAAGGUGCCGAGUACACGGGCAAGGCUAUUCACGUAGGGGCAUCUAAACUCAGAGAGCACAUCACUCCGGAGGACAGCCCGGCCCAAGUCAGCCCCACGGUCACCAAAAGCCUCCACGUAGCCAAGCAAGCCACCGGAGGAGCUGUCAAAGUCAGCCAGUUUCUAGUGGACGGGGUGUGCACAGUCGCCGGCUGCGUGGGUCGAGAGCUGGCUCCUCAUGUGAAAAAACACGGAGGCAAACUCAUCCCAGAGUCCAUGAAGAAAGACAAGGAUGGACGUUCUAACAUAGAUGGAGCCAUGGUGGUCGCCGCCAGUGGAGUACAAGGAUUUGCAACCAUGUGGACCGGUUUGGAAGUCGCAGCCAAGGACAUCGCUACAAAUGUUGCAGAAGAGACGGUCACCACCGUAAAACAUAAAUUUAGGGGUCUACAAAACGAUACACCUAACGAGAAGUAGUUCUUUUUGUUCCUAAUAAUGUGCAGCUCUUUAACCCAUCACUCUGCUAAUCACAGACCUGACGUAUGCCUCCAAUGAUUUUGUGUAAACGACUCUCAAGUCCUCCGCUGCAUUCGUUCACCUCCCUUCCUAUGUGCUAAUUCACAUCCUUAUCCCGCUUUCAUUGAUUUCUGAGCAUAUUUUUAAGGAAAAUCUCAAAAUUGCUUAUGACCCAAUCCUGCAUGACUUUAAGAUCUUGUCAUACUCUGUGAAUUGGUGAUGUCUUUUAUUCUCAGUCGCGUAUAGAGUAAAGGAAUAUAAUAAAGUUGAUAGGGUUGUAAGUUCAGAAUACAUCUCAUGAUGUAAAAUAUAUAUUUUUUAAGAUUCCUUCUUUUUAUUUUAUCAAUUGGCAGAACUCUGUGGUUAACAUUGAGUAUUUAAAUCCUCGUGAAGACAGGCUUCUUUUUGCCAAUCUUGCUGGCUUUUCAACUAUUAAUUAGGUUCUAUGAUUAGAUUCUAAUUUAAAUUUCUGUAGUAGACAUCAAAUUCAGGUUACGGCGGUCAGGCGUGUCUUUAUUCCAAAAGACGUCAUUGCAUGUGUGUAAUCCUGUCAUGGACAUUCUGCAUGCAGCCCUUGCACUGCAUAUUAAUGAGUUCUCCGACCCCUUGCUCUCGACCUCUCACUAAUCUGAUAAAGGUAUGGGGCAGCUGCAGGACAAGCCACGGACAGCGCUGUAAACUCUGCCCUCAAUGUCGGUAUCACUGCCUUCAAUAUUGACAACCUGGGGAUCAAAGCGGUGGUGAAGCGGACUGGCAAACAAACAGCUCAGGCCAUUUUG